UCACCAAAGGGUCCAAAAUUGCAAAACCCUGGUAAACCCAAAGAACCAAAACCAUCGCACGCACCGAAUCCUAAAACCCCAAAGCCAAACAAAGCAAUUUCAGCCAUGUCUUGCAUCUCCGCCGCCAGGUCCGUCCUCCGAUCCGCAGGGUCUCGAGGCGCCAUAGCUUCAAGGCUCGCCAAUGGAGUAAGAUCCAAACCAGCGCCUUCUCAAUUUCGCAUCCCGAAACAAAACAUAAACCAAAACCCACCCACUAAUCGAACCUUUAGGUUGCCUGUGGAAAUUAGCUGCUGCUGCGUGGAAUCGAUACUUCCUUAUCACACCGCCACUGCCUCUGCGUUGCUAACUUCCAUGCUCUCUGUCUCUCGCCGCACCUACGGUUGGACUCCUGAAGAUGGAUGAUUGAUCUAUUGAGAUGCGGUUCAUUGAUUAUUGAUCGCAGUUUUCAUGGAUUUCAAUCAAGUUUUUAUGACUUGCUACAGGCAUUACUUAUCUUUCGUUAACCCUCCUCCCCUUUAUGUCUUGUUCCGAGUUGUGGCAUCUGAGUCUUUGAAUUUAAAAUUUCAACGAAUGGUGUUCUAUGUGCUAGCAUUGAGUUAUAAAUUAUUUAAAAUAGUUCCAAACUAUUACGUACUGAAUAUGAUGAUGAUUUGUGUUUAUUUAUUUAUUUAUUUAUUGUUCUGUUUUUAUGCAAGUUAUGGAUCAUAGUUCCUUUUAUCUUGAAGUCUUCCAAUGUACUCGUAAUUUUGUCCA